CUACGAGCGUUCGGCGAUACAGUAGAAACAAUAAUAAUAAUAUUUAUGAUGAUACGCAUGAGUAACGACAAAUCAGUGUCAAUUCAGUAGUGGUUUUGAAUACGGUCAGUGUGUGGUGUGACCAAACAUGCGCCGCGCUUUAAACGGCGGCCCACGCCUGUACCGCAUGGUCGGCUGUAUAGGUUUAUGUUUGAACAUCUUGGCCAUAGUGUAUAUCACGUUCAACAUGAUCUACAACGUCAACCCGUUUCAUCGAUCCGGCCAAGGAUGCGUUAGGUUGGAAACCCUGGACCCCAACGAAGUAGACAUGAACAAGUCGAUAUUCUUCUUGGAGACCAACCGCAUGCCGGCCGUAGAAAUCAUACCCAGACAAGCGUGCUCGAUUGAAUCGGCUGCAAGAGCCAAUCCCGACCGUCAGGUGUACGUCUUAGUGCUCAGUCCGAGGUUGGAGUGCACGCACAACAUGACAGCCGUUUUUCGGUUAAUCGCACAUUACAAAAACGUUAAGAUAAGACACGUUGACUUUUACGGAUACGUUUCCGACACACCGGCAGAGGCAUUUGUCAAGUCCGGAACAAUGGACAAAGGUCGGUGGCCGGUGGAGCAGCACAGUGACUUGUUGCGACUGUUGACAUUAUGGAAAUUCGGCGGAGUCUACAUGGAUAUAGACGUGGUGUCCUUGCGACCGGUGCCCAUGGAGAAUUUCGUGAUCGCCGAAAAACCCGGACCCAUGUUGGGAAGCGGUGUGAUAGGCUUGCAAAACAAGAGUAUCGCGGCAAGGGCAAUCGAAAUGUUUAUACGUGGCUUUGUAGGCGACGAAUGGACGCAAAACGGUCCGUUUCUAAUCACGAGUUUGACGAGAGCUGUGUGUGAAACCGACCAAUUGCCCGACGUCAACGCCGGCAACGCCAAUUGUGGCGAUUUGACCAUAUACCAAGCAGAUGUGUUUAGCCCGAUACCUUGGUACGAGUGGCCAAAGUUGUUUCACGAGACGGACGACUACGCGGUAAUGAAGGCAUUGAACAAUAGCGUAGGGGUGCACUUUUGGAACAAAAUGACCAAAGACCAGCCGAUAUUAGUCGGAUCGAUGCAACCUUACGCCCAAAUCGCCGCCAUGUACUGCCCUAUCGUCUACGGGACGGCCGACGAGUACUUAUAAAUUGAUUUUACAAAACGUCGCCAGUUUGACGUUUUUAAAACAAUACAGGGACGACGUCUCCUCAAUGCAAAUAAGACGAUAUUGUAUAUUCUCAAUGUUAUUCUGUAAGUUGAUUUUACCAUUAUUUUAUUAGAGAUCGCUGACGACAAUCUGGACUGUCUUGUUGAAACGAUCUUGUAAUAAAAUUAUUUAUAU